GUCCUGAUCAUAUCAGGUCGCUAAUCCCGAUGACGAUCCUGCCCUUUCUCAUCCUACUCUCCAUCUCAUUACUUAUAUAAACAAACAUGUAUCUAUAGGCUAAGCAUUUUAAUAUACUAUUUUAUUUAUCUGAAUAAUCAGUAAAUUUAUUUUCGUUUUAGGGUUUUAGAUCGAAACGCAGCGAUUGCAAUCUUCUCAUCUCUAUCGAAUAUUUGCAAGAAAAGGUCAUGUGAACUAGCAGUGGCACUUAUAAUUACAAUUAAGAUUUGUUUGCCAUUGGUAUACAGGUUAUGGAUAAAUGCAACGGUUGUGGGAAAUUAGAAAGAACAGUUCCAAAAGACAUGGUUGUUAAUGCUUAUCAAUUUUCUCUCCUGUUAUCACCUGUUGUCUCUGUUUGGGAUUGCAUUGUUCGUAAGAUGAGGUACUCCUUCAGACCUGAGUGGGUGUAGUAGCUGCAAAUACUCUCGCACAAGUAACUUAGUUGAUAUAGUUUAAAUAGCAGUGACAAGAAAUAGUUAAAGUAUACAUCUUAGGGGCCUUCUGUUGAAAGGGAUAAAGGAGCUAUUAUAGGUUGAAAGACUAGUUUGAGUAGGAAUUGAAUAUUAAUAAAAUAUAAGAUGGAGGGUGCUAAAGUGCCAUGCGGUAUUAGAAAAGUCAAGAAGAAGCAAGUGAAGGAUGACAUAGAUCGUAUCAAACAAGCUGAGAAGAAGAAGAGGCGCUUGGAAAAAGCUCUAGCUACUUCUGCAGCGAUUCGUUCUGAACUUGAAAAGAAGAAGCAGAAAAAGAUAGAAGAACAACAAAGGCUUGAUGAGGAAGGGGCCGCAAUUGCUGAAGCAGUUGCUCUGCAAGUCCUACUUGGUGAAGACUCGGACGAUUCAUGUAAAACCAUGUUAAAGAAGAAUGAAGGGUUUAAGCCUUGGGAAACUGCCGGCGAAUUUGACUUUUUUAUAAGUGGAAACAGAUCAGUUCUUCCUCGUCAAGAACUCGGGACGCAUUCAUUUGAAGGACCUGAUAGGAUUCCAGAUGUGUACAGAUCUGGAUGCAUGUGGAAUGAAUACAACUGUAAUGGGUGGAGAGUCUCAUCUGGGUCUUUUACAAGAGAUCUCAAAGUGCCAUAUAUUGAUGAGCAAGGUUGGGAGUCUAAUGAUCUCUCUGCAGAUGUUAUAGCUGCACAAGCUGUUUCGUCUCUCCGGAUUGCAGAAGAAUCACGCGCGGACAAGUUUCUGUUCAAUGAAAUGCUUAGAGGGUAACAUAUAGUGCAUCACUUAAUUUGGUUUGCUCGCCUUUGUAGUCGAGAUGGUCUCCUCAAUAAUGUUGUAUGGAUAUUUGCAUUAACAUGCAGAUGAGGUUCAUCAUAUGUUGUCGUUCUGGUUAUAACUUUUUUCGUGCUAUGCUUUGUUAUUUUUUGUUUGGUUUGUUUGGAACUCUGUACCUAUAUGAAGUGGUCUUGCAACUUUGUGACUUUGACAUUUUUAUUUUAUUAUUGUCUUUUGGUUAUAA